UGCAUACGGCGGACGCUCCUCUUACUAUCGGUCGGUCGCUCUUGCGUCGUCAAUUGUGUCCGCGAACGAGAGCGGACGAGGGAAGGCGAUGGCGAAUGCGGGCGGUGCGGCGUUCCGAUGGGUGCUGCAGCUGCACCGGGACGUUCCGAGGGCCGCUCGGUUCUACUCGGAGGGCCUCGACUUCAGCGUCAACGUCUGCACCCUCCGGUGGGCCGAGCUCCAGUCCGGCCCCCUCAAGCUGGCGCUCAUGCACUCCCCCAGUGACAUAACCAUGCAGAAAGGAUACUCUUCCAUGUUAUCCUUCACAGUAGCUGACAUGAACAGCACAGUGACCAAACUAAUGUCACUGGGAGCUGAGCUCGAUGGCCCCAUAAAGUAUGAAAUCCAUGGCAAGGUUGCUGCCUUGCGAUGCCUUGAUGGGCAUAUGUUGGGUCUCUAUGAACCUGCAUGAAACUUCUUAUAAGUUUCUGUUUCCAACUACAACAGAGGCUGUGCAGGAAAUUGAACAUGAGAUUCUCUCAGCAACAUCAGGGUUUUUGAUUUGAUGUCAGUGGCAGGAUCUUUCCUCUCACUGUAUUUGAAGAAUAUAGGAAACAUCUUCUUUAUGGUUGCACUGCAAGACAGAAACUGUUUUCCUUAUCCACAUGAAUCAAAGCAGUGCAAAGCAUGUGUAACGUUGGACCUCUCAUUUAGCAUAUCAAAUAGUCCAGUGGCAAUUCUGAACAUGUGUAAAGUUCAUAUCCUUUAUAUUUUAAGCUUGGCCAACAGUUGAUUGCCUGUCAUGAAAUUUUUCAUCCGUAGAAUCUCCAUCAAUUGACAGUUCUUUUGCUUUCAACUCUGCUGAAAGUUGUUCUGCUCUUUUGUGCACCGAUAUUGUUCUCAUAUUGUAUCUCCAUGAAGUAGCUGAUAGGCAUGGUGUGGAAUUUCACACUUGUUGUUCAGAAAAUAUCUGUCAUUCAUCUCUAUCCUACCAGUCUAUGAAUAUAUUUACAUAUAUAUGGUGUAAUUUGUGUUACAACUUUAUUAUUUGUCAUAUACCUGCUAUAUUUCUGAGAUGGAUGCAUAUUUUUCUGCCUGGAAGAAUGGUCUUUGCCCAACUUGCUAAUGGAGAAGAGGUUUUUGGGUGCUUUUUUCAUCAUUCAGUAUUUUUGACUUCACACAUCCACCAUAAUACAGUUGUGUCCAGGAGAAAUGUUGUAUGAUUGAAUUCUCUGUGAUCAAGAACCAUGUCAACCUCUGCGAGCAAUUACUAUGAUGACUUUUCUAUUAACUUUGUAUAAAGCCAGAUCAGCAUCUUACGUCCACGGCAUCUGUAGGUGAGUUGGCAUCCAUCCAGCAGCAAAUCUGGGGAUAUAAGAUUUCUCCUUCGGCUUCGGCAACUUCCUUUCUUAGUGGAGGUACUAAAUUUAGCAUAAAUGCCUGAUCAAAACAUUUGCAUUCUCAUUUUCUUCAGGUUUUAAAUCUUACAAAGCUGGCAAAACAAGGAAGAUCAUGCAGUACUGCUGCUGGCAAAGCUGAAUGCGCAGCUUGGUAGCUCGCCUGUGCAUGAGUAGGCUGUGAAUGACUUGACUAUUUAGCAGUGUGGCUCUGACCUGGUAGCUGCACUCAAGAUUGUGUCAAGCAUCAAGGUUAUUUAGUCACAGUUGAUUGUACUAGUUAAGAUUUAUUCAUGUGAUGAGAAGGUUUACUGACUGUCUGACCGACUAAAGCUGUUUUCGAUCUGCGACCAAUGUCUGCUAAUGCAAUUACGUUGAGAGUGGAUGGUUUUUGUGAUUGAAGUAGCAUCAGCAGUGACAUGGUGGUAUCACUCAAUGUUAAGAACUCUUUGUUAUUAUACAGUAGAAAGUUGACUGAAUGGAUUGC